AUGGUGUUCAGCCAGCCUCCGCCAAAGAGCACACCGAGGCAGCAGCGGCGACCGAGGCCUGCGGUGCAUAAAGCACUGCACCAAGACGGCGGAGAGCCCUGGGGUCUGGCCGGCCUCCUCGCCCACAGCCUGGCACCCCGAGGCCUCUCCGCAAGCAUCCCACCUCCUUCCUACCCGAUACCGGCCGCAGGCCUCGGAGGCCGCCAACUCGCCUCCACCGCCCCCGUCAUUCUCCGUUCUCCAAGCCCCGACCCACCAUCCUCGCCCCGCUUCCUCGCGUCCCCCAGCCCCGCGCUCCCGCGGCCUGCACCCGCCGCUUCCCGGGCCGCCCCCGGCUGGCCCGCCGCUCCCGCGGGCCGAGCGUUUACCGCGGGCUGGCGCCGAGGCGCGCGGUCACCGACUGCAGGCGGCUGCGGCUCCGACCUUCCCACGGGCCCGGCAAGGAGGGCGAGGGGGAGGGGAGAGAACUUUUGCUGUGGCAGCUCCGGCGACAGCUCCCACCCCUGCGCCUUUCUCCUCUUCCUCCCCCUCCUCCUCCUCCUCUUCCUCCUUCUCUUCCUCCUCCCAGAGCAGUCGAGAGGCAGACAUGGCGCGGCUAGAGCGCCGCCGCGGUCGCCGCCGCUGCCGGCGCGGUGCAUUGUGGGAAGCCCCGCACACAGGAAGCGCUCCGGGCCGCCCGCCCUCGCCUGGCACGGAGAUCUGGCUGCGAGACCCAGCGUGGCUCUGAUUCCGGCGCCUGCGUGUCAGUCGCGCAGCGUGGCCGGGGAAGCUGGCUCCGCAUCGCGCUUACCCCUGAUGGGCCUUGAAGGAAGACGCUUUGAAAUAGAUCGGAGCCGAGAAAGCUCCUGGGAGAAGCGUGCACCCCUUGAGGCUGGGUGCGUAGCUGGCGCCCCGAGAAAGGACCCAGACUUGGCUCCUGUCAUCCACUGCAUUACUGCAGCGACUUCCUCUUGUGGCCUCCAAGAGCACCUGCGCACACAGCAGGUGCCACACACUCUCCGCAUUAAUAAAACUAACAAAGAAGCAAGGACCAGCAGGAGGGCUCCGCAGGUGGGGGUACAUGCCACUUUGAAUGGAUGAACAUCAGAGAACAACUUGCUGGAGUCUGUUCUAGGGAUUGAACGUGGACCACAGUGCCCUUGCCCACUGAAACAGCACAGCCCUGAUCCUGUCCUUUCCCACCCGGCAGCAAUAUCUGAGAGACCCAGUCACUCCCAUCCUCGCUGGCAUUCUCCAGUGAAUGGUGUUGGAAUGAGUAUUAGUUCCGUUCUUCUCCUUUAAAAACAAGUUUCUCAACACUCUCCCGACCCCUGCUUUCCUCAAUGAGCUUAGGAAAGUACACGGAUCCUUUGCUGAAAGAUUUCACUACAGACAACCCUCACUGGAAAGUUAGGAAGCCUCUUAAAACAUUAAACUUUGUGUCUUUUUAACUUUUUUUUUUUUUUUGAGUCUGUGUGUGUAUGAUGGGAGGAGUUUGUGCCAUGUCACUCUUGUGACUGUCAGAUGGCAACUCUGGAGUCGAUUCUCCCUUUGCACCUUCAUGCGGAUUCCAGAUGGACUCCGGUCAGCAAGCCUGCACAGCAUGCGCCUGUGCCAGCUGAGCCAUCGUUCUAGCCCUUUCGCUGGGAUCUGUUAGUUCAGGAGCCACGCAGGUAGCAAGCCCCAUGUGCAGCAAGUCAAGCCGGUGAGGCGAACUGAAUGAGGAGGUGUGGAAACAGUUGAUAGUCAAAGGGACGGAAGAGGCAGAACACUCCAACUGGUCCAGAGGUCACAGCCGCUGGCCACAGUACCAGCCGGCAGUUUCCAGGUUAGGAACAUGAAGAUGAGGAAAUAAGAGAAAUUGGGAAUUGGAAUUGAGGGUUGAUUAGUAACUUUGUUUGUCUUUUUCUACAGCUUGGCU